AUGGUGCUUGGGCUGCUCAUUGAAGCUGCCAGGGAUGCGCUGACGGCCAUGAACAGUCCGGAGGGGGACUGCAUCUUCUGCAUCGACUGCUUUGCAAGAUGGUGGAGAUGGGAACAGCGGUCACUGCAUGCCAAGCGCAAGCAGCUCAUCGAGGAGCUCAAAGCUGCGGCAGGCCCCAAGCUGCACGACCUGGGCCUGGUGCCCUAUGCACAGGGCCUGUUCACCAUCCUAUGCCCGUCAUGCAGGUUCAAGGUGGGACCUGAUGAUCUUGCCAAGUGGAUGCCGAGGCUUGUGCCGCGCAAAGGAAAUGCAGCAGAAGUGCAGGCCUCUGAGGAGCAGCCGGCGUCCUGCCACACAGUGGAGCUGCCCGAAGCUGACAUGGCGCGACUGCGCCAUAUGCAGCAGACCCACGCUCGCCUCUUUGCUGCGCAACAGCAGAAGGACACCUGCACGACGCUGUCAUGGUGA